AAUAAAGGUGUGCUAUUGUUUAUUAAGAAUACUUGGAACUGUUUUUCACCGUAGCUAUGGCGGAGUAGCAGAGCAUCCCUUGGAUACAAUGCAAUCAUCAGCUACAUAAGUGGUUAGGGUUUUGUUUUUUUCUUUUUGUUUCUCUUCUGUCGCUCAACUUUUAUUUGUUGACAAAAGAGAAACGUAGUCCAUUUUGAAUUGUACAAACACAUAUAUAGACUACCGGACUGAUACAGAUUUUGUUCUGUUUGUGAUUGUUUUUCUUCUGUUCUCGUGUCCACAAGUGAGAUGCAGGUCGUAUACAGCGGCGGGUCGUCGACCCCGAACCCGUCCCCCCGACUUCAGCGGAAGGCAUACAUUGGGGGUUACGGUCGUCCGAUUCUGCCGGGCUACCUGGCGGGGAAUCACUCCCACGUGGUGGUUACGCACAGGUCAAAGGAGAAGCUGACGGAGGGGGACACCAGUCUGAGGGAUUCUAUACCGGCCAUGACAAAACCGGUGGCGGUGUCCUGUCUCAUUCUUAACAUUCUAGUGCCUGGAUUCGGUACGCUGAUGGCUGGUCUGUCCGUGCUGUGCUGCUCGGAGGCGCGUGAGAAGUGUCUGAGUAAGAAGACGGUGGUGUGGGUCAACUCGGGCGUCGCCCUGCUGCAGUUCGUCACAGCCUUCCUCUUCCUACUCGGCUGGAUCUGGAGCAUCAUGUGGGGGGCCGCAUUCAUCUCCAUAUCAACCGAAUACUACAAAACCAAACAAGUACAACACACGCGCCACGACCAUUCUGUGAAAAUCUCACCAAAGCGUGACCGAGACGAAUUCACCCAAAGUCCGUCCCCUACCACUUCGUGCGACCAUAUACACCACGUGCACAGCUCGCCGUUAACCAGCGACAAACAUCUUAACAUGUACCUGGCGCCCCCGGCAUCGUCGUCCAGUCAAACGCAGACUAUCAUAGUGCUUCAGGAACCUCCAGUCGUCAACCAUUCCGAAGAUAAACCGGCGCCGUCGCAGCCAAUCAUGAACGCCAGAACUCGGCACCAAAAAAUACUGCAGCGUCAAAUGUCCGACAACCAGUUGUCUCCCUUUACGCUGACGAACGAGCGGCUGGAGGCCAUCGUUAUUCAUGACGCAGUUCCGCCAUGCGCAGUGCGGCACAUAAGAGAGCAGCACAGAGACAGUAUGGAGUCUUUGUCGGACACCGACGAGCAUGUCGGGAAAUAAUAAAAUGGCGGUUCGAUAUUCAAUAUUCCACUGUGUUCUCUCGAACGCCGUGCACCUAUGCCUAUGGAAGUAUACAUAUAUAUGUUUUGUGUGGAGAUAAAACAGCACCGUUUAUAUGUAAAUCACUAGCGCCGACUUUCUCACAUUUUAACACAGUUUAAAGGCGCAGACCCUCAAGUUUAGUCAAUAUACAAACAUGUAACAUAAAGUUACAACACAGUGAAAGAAGAGUCUGUGACGUUAAAACCGAGAAGUAUUAUUAAAAAUAAACUAGAACUCGAAUAAAUAACCGCUUCUUCUCAAACGCACGUGCGUUUUUAAAAAUAUGAAAAAUGCAUUUUGUGCUAUUAGAAACACCAGGAUGACCAGAAACACUUCGGUUCUAGGGAAAUGGAUAAUCUAAACAAUGAAAUAUAAGUAAUGUUUGAUUUCGGUGAUCAUAAACGGCUCUAAUAGUAGAAAAUAUGCUGUAGUGUUUAAAAACUAGGGUCUGUCCCUUUAACACAUUCUCAGAAAACUCGUCAGUACACAAAUUAGCCAACUUAAAAAUAUUUAUUUAAAGAACACAAAACAAAAACAUAUAUAUUUACUUGGCUACAUAUUUGUAAUAUACUUAGCCGAAUUUCAAUAAUUAUCAAAUAAAUACUGCUAAUUUUAAAACUAAAUCAAUGGACGUUGAUUAAAUAUUAAAAAUUAAAGGGGCAGGAAUGGAAAUAUCUUUAAAUAUUAAAGACCGUUCUCGAGUUUAAAAAGAAAAUCAUUUUACGUUUGUAAUAUCCAUGCAUUCCAUAACAAUUCUGGUGGAAAUGGAACACAAAGUUAAUUAAGAAAUAGAUUUAACACGACCCACAGGCAAUGACGCCAAUAUUUCAAAUUCAUAUCAUGAAAGUUUUGAUUUUCCCAAACAGAUAUACAAAGCGCAAUAUGGAAGAAAAAAAAUCUAUAUUUUGUUUCACAAUUUGCUUUUGUUGUGUAUUUAAUGUAAUGGAGAGUACUAUACAAGCAUUAUGCUAGAAACUAAUGAAUGGUUUCCAUUUUGUAAAUUAAUAUUUAGCUGUACACCAUGAACUGGAACGUGCAUUCAAUGGAUGAAUACGUUUUAUCGGACUGACGAAGCACAGUGCACAGUCACCGUUCCAAGUGCAUAUAUAUAUAUAUAUAUAUAUAUACACCUCGUCAUAAAUAUCGCACCACCCAAUUUUGUUCACUAAGUAAAACUGGAUCUUCAGCCUCAUAAAAAUGGUGUUUAGAAAAGCACAUUAAACUGUUUAUAUGGCCUCAUGUGAGCGUUCAGUCAGAAAAUUUACAACACAAGACCGAAUUUGAGCACUAAAUGAGGGUUUAAUUGUAGCAAAGUAAAGUUCACUAAAAUCACCGUAAAGUACGGUGAAAUAAGUAUGGCUGCCGGGGUCGUUACAACAGACACACAACACAGUUCACAUUUCAUUAAUGUCAAACACACUAGUAAGGUCCACAAUGACUGGCUAACUCAGUAUCUGGUGUAACCGCCUCGCACUUGGAUAACAUGUUCUACACGCCUUCUCAUGCUUGUCACCAGACGUCUGAUGCUUUGUUGAGGGAUCUGCUGCCACUCAUCAUGCAAUGCAUGGGUCAAUUCCUGAAGGUUCUGAACUGGAGGAUCCCUUGCUCUCACCCUACGUCCCAAAAUGUCCCACAAAUGCUCAAUAGGAUUUAGUUCUGGACUUCUGGCAGGCUAUGGUAGUGUCUCAAUGGCGUUGUGUUGGAGAUGCUGAACAACAGCUCGAGCACGAUGUGGUCUGGCAUAAUCGUCCAUGAAGACUGGACGUGUGGCGAGAGCAUGGUUAUCGAAAUGAGGCACAACAGCACCGUCCAGGAUCAAGUUCUGGUACAUCUGUCCAUUCAGUGUUCCGGGAACUGUGAUGAGGUCAAGUUUACAAUCAUAGGAACAACACCCCCACACCAUGACAGAUCCACCCCCAAAUGGAACCUCAGCUUGAAUGUUCCUCUGAUCAUAUGCUGUGCCUCUCUGCCUCCAAACUCGUGCCCUCCCGUCUGUAUGAUGCAGCAAAAAUCUGCUUUCAUCGGACCAGUGGAUCCUUCUCCAUGCCCUCAGGUUCCAGCGAUUACGUGCUUGGCACCAGGCUAAACGGGCAUGGCGGUGCUGAUUUGUGAGGAGUGGACGUCUGAUUGGUCGUCUUGCUCUCAAUCCUGCAGAAUUUAGAUGUCGUCUGAUGGUGUUGAUGGACACUCUGUUGUAUGGAUGCCAUCCAUGUCGCAGCUGUGUACAAGUAGACUUUGGGCUUCGUCUGGCUUGGCGUACGAGAGCACGGUCUUCCCUGUCAUUGGUUUUUCUGGGACGUCCAGACCUCGGUGCAUCCUUCACUUCACCGGAAGCAGUAUGUUUACGUAUUAGCCUGCUGAUGACAGUGUGAUUAAUGUUCAAUUGUGUUCCAAUAGCACGACAUGACAUACCAGUCUGGUGCAUACCAAUAAUUCGCCAUCUUUGGUUCAGAGGCACUGGACGCUUGGGCAUUUCACUGGUUGGUCAAAAUAAAGCUUAAUUUAUGCCUAAAAUCAAAUUUUAGCUGUGUCUGCCAACAUAACAUACACCAAAAGAGGCUAUGUGCAUACUGCAUUGUUAGCAAACCGACCCCCGGAUCAAUCAUGCUCGACUGAGCAUGCACGUGCAGCUCGGAACAGGGUGUGUUUGUGAUAUUAUGUUCACAGAUGUUGUAGUAUAUUAAAUAUAUACUUGUAGUUUAAAAAACCGAAACUUAUAUUUUCUAAUUUUACUUUAAAAUGUGUGGUGCGAUAUUUAUGACGAGGUGUAUAUAUA